AUGGUCUCGCGCCUUCGGGCUUCUCCCUCCAGUCGUUGGAUCAUACUCAUAUCGAUAAAGAUAUAUGAGGAUAUUAUUGAGGGCGAUCGAUCACAAACCGAUAUACAUGUCCAUUGGAUUGAACGAACCGCGGCCUCCAUAUACCGCAGAUUCGGCCAAAACCUCACUCCCCAGGAAACCAAGUAUCUGCGUGCAGACUGGCUGGAGAUAUCGAUUAUAAGCUCCAUAUUCGGCCGUGGUCCAAACGCAUAUGUAGCUCUUCGGAAUGCUACACCGACAUUUCUGCAAGGCGUUUAUUCUCUUCCUGGCAUCUGGUCAGGUGGCUCCGAUCCUACUCUAAUCCCAUUGUUGGAGGUUAUCAAAUCUGAGGAUUAUUCACUUUCUACUUAUACAUUGGUCGACUGCAUGUGCGCAUUGUCGUUCGGACUUCCGCAACAGAUUGAAUAUGAUACGACAGCUAGAGUCCUACCAGAUGACUUUCUUCCUCAUGAAUGGGCAACCGGUAUCCCAACAGAGUUCCACCUCCUACUUGCAGACAUUAAUGCUUGCCGAGACAAGAGCCCUAGAGCCCGUGACUGGAGAGAAAUCGAGCAUAUCCUGGUUCACUGGGAAUCGCGGAUGAUACGAAACGAUGAGUACUGGGAGUCAUGGAUGUCAGUCGCAUGGCUAGCAAUCCAGGAGUUGGCGACUUACACUCCUGGCAUAUCUCUACUUGAUGAUGUGCAGAUACAACAGUGUUCAACGCAGAUACUACAGGUUGUUGGUACCGUGAAGAAACGAGAACCGUCAGAUUUGGCAGUUUCGUUUUUCGUCCAGUACUUGAUAGUUGGUAUAUGUGCGCGUAGGGAAAAUCAUCGUAGGAUUACACGAAGCAAGCUUUCAGAUCCGACAACAGGAGGCCUCGAUUUCGUCCCAGUACUAGAUCAUUUGUGGCACGGUGCUGGAUUGGGUGGCCACGCUAUCACCUGGAGUGAUUAUCUUCAUUCGCGGGAGACUCUGAUCCCUGUUCCGAUGUGA